GCUUUGUCGAGUCCAAAAACACCCAUUUCUGGAGUCGAAUCGCAUCGCACCACACCACACCGCACAUGAUGCUCUCAGCCAGACGCCAUGGUUGGCAGCGCCCUCUCCAUCCCUUACAGAUUGUGGGGAUGGCGGUUUUCUGCUUCUUAGUCGCUGCAUAUUAUUGCUUCCUAGGGCUCUUUCUCGGCAAUAGAAUUGCAGAGAUCACAAUCGACACUCUCUUCUCCUUUUCGGUGCUUUCUGCUGUACUUCUCUUUAUUAGAUGUGUAGCAAUUGAUCCUAGUGACAAGAUUAGAUUCAGAUUUAGAAAGAAGAAGAAAAAGGGCAAUGGUAUUGGGCUUGCCAAGCUUAAUUACGGCCACAUCUUGAGAAGGAUAUUGUCAAGAUUUUUCAAAAGGAUUGAGCGUAAGAUUCUCCGGACUUUCAUAAGGAGGAAGUACCUAGAUCCUUGGAAUACCUCGAGGUUUCAGAUGGAGCAGGCUCUUAUCCCAUUUCCCCUUGUCCUCGAGGAUGAUUCUCUCACGCCUAAUCCAAAAGAUGAUGAUGUCUCUUUCUGUUCCCUGUGCGACUUUGAGGUUAACAAGUAUAGCAAACACUGCAGGACCUGCAACCGUUGUGUUGAGGGAUUUGAUCACCACUGUAGAUGGUUGAACAACUGCAUUGGGAAAAAAAACUACACAACCUUCAUUCUUCUGAUGGUCUUUAUCUUGAUAAUGCUUACUAUAGAAGGUGGAACUGCUGUGGCAGUAUUUGUUCGGUGCUUUGCUGAUAGCAAGGGCAUAGAGCGAGAGUUAAUAAAAAACUACACUGAGAAAUUCCCUAGAGGAGUGCUUGCUUCUGUAUCUGUCAUAUUGUUUUUGUUGACAAGCUACAGCACGGCUGCCUUAGGACAACUUCUAUUCUUUCAUGUAGUGCUCAUCAAGAAGGGAAUCACAACCUACGACUACAUUUUAGCAAUGAAAGAAGAAAAUCAGGCUAUGGAGCUUGAAUCAUUUGAAGAUUCAGACUUUUAUUCUUCUGAUGAUGAGAGUAUCGACUUAGAUUCACCUGAAAAGCCUACACUUGUAUCGCGGAUCAUAUGCAGUGAUGGAAAGUCACCACAGAAAUUGGCCAUAAGGAUCGACGGAGAGCCUGAUAAAAAGCAAGGCUUCCGUGCCAACAUAGAUCCAUGGAAGCUAAUCAACCUGAGCCGAGAUAGAGCUCUACUUGCUGCUGAAAAGGCAAGGGAAAAGCUUGCCAAAAUGAAGCCUACGGCAGAAGGUGAUCCACUGAAACCCCUGCCGCUAGAAACAAAAAGUGGGCCUCUCAUGAAAGCGGAGAAAGAUUUAUCGAGCCAAGGAUUAAGCCUGACACCACUGGUUGUGAAAGGAGGUCUUCUAAGCUCACCAAGACAGUUCUCCAGUCCAAGAAGACGACUUUCGUGUUCUCCUGUGCAGCAUGGGACUGCGGUGCCAACACCUAAGCACAAGUACAGAAGUGAUUUCGAUUUGAAAUUGACUCAAGUGUCAAGAGAACUCGAGACUUAUAUAUCAAGACAAGUCUUGUGCUCUGUGUUGAAGAAUGAAGGCAGUGAAGCUUCUCCAAGAUGACAAGGUACAAACAAGAGUGCAACUUACAUUCUCAGCCUCUGAGAAAAAAAGAAAAAGGAAAGGAAAAGGAAUCUUGCUUGUUCAUUUGUAAGAUAUUGAUUACCACAUCAUUCAGAGGAUUAUUCACAUAAUUAUUAAUGUAAGAAAGAUGUAAGCAGCCUAUUUUAAAUUUCAUCAUUUACUAAGAUUGCAUGCUUUGGCAUGUAAAAAGGAGUGUAUUUAAUAUAUUAUAUCCGUCCACAACUGUCUACAUUUCUCUUUUA